GAGAACCCCAAUUUUGAACACUUUCAUCCAAGAACCUCCUCCCCGGUGCAUUCAUUUCUUGAAUUAUGCCCCCAAUCCCAAAAGUUUUGCCUUGGAGUCGCACGAGUACGUGCAACAGGUGUAUCCCGGGAAUCCUCUGGGCGAGCAGGAAGUGAAGGACAAGAAAAUGUUUUGAAAGGGCAUCUUUCCUCAACAGGACCUGCCCACACUUCUCCAACCUGUGCCUGCCGGCCCAGACACUCAUUAAGGCUAAUUACCUUGUUAAUAAAUCCACACGGGUUUUUCCCUCCCUAUGCUUUACAUAUGCGGUCCUUUUUCAUCACAGGGAAACGCUCCGAGGUGGACACCCUCCCCCAUUCCAAGUGCUCUCCAACACAUGCAUGAUGUCCCACACAACAUGUGGAAUGAAAUCCCACUUUUUUCCCACUCCUUCCAUUAAGAAAAGUCAACCUUAAAACCAGAAAACAACCAUUUGGAAGGAAAUCACCAUCCCUUCUCCCGCCCUCAGAUUCCCUGGGAUUUCCGUCCCUCCCGCCAUCCCUCUCCGAACCUUGUGAUGCAACUGGAGGCAGGCGGAAACUCAUCUUCCCGUAACCUUCAGGGAAUCAACAGAUCAAGAAAGCAGGAAGAUGGGAGGGACAACUUUUGCAACUGGUGGAUUGCUGGUGCCCAGAAAAUAAAUCCCCAUCAUCGAGGCUGAUGGCAAAGCAACUUGUUGGGACAUGCAUUAAUCCAGGUCUUACCAGGACAAUGUGAAACCAGCUGCCCUCACUCCAAACUCUCUGCUGUUCCUGGGAAUAUGUGUCCAUGCCAGUUUCAUUAUGCAAUUCCCAAAUUCUUCAUAAUUUUUUAUUCCAGAUAGAGAAAAUGUGUGGUUUUGGAAGUUCAGCAUCGACACACCACAGGGGAACAACCAGCGAACCACAAAUCAUGAAACAUAAAACCAGACCCGAACCAAGCGGGGGUUUUUUUCCAAAAAAAUGACACUUUUACCUUUUUUCAAUCCAACUGGUGGAUUUUCUUAAAUGGGGAUGUGCUCCAAGACCAAAAAAAAAAAAAAAAAAAAAUCAGGAAAACCUUUCAAUCCUUCAGUUUUUCUUAGAAGGAAACUUUCCACAGGUGUUUGUCACCCAAUUUUAACCAAGACAGCACAGUGACACCCAUUCAGAAGGGGUUGUCCCUGCUAAUGGGCCAUCAUGAACUCAAAAACCAUCAAGGGCCCCAAAAAUAUCCUAUGACUCGUAGGAUUGCAUCAUUCCAUUGUGAAACUCCCCACCCUGGAUGUACCACCUGGAUCUGAUCACAUAUAAUCUCGAGGUCUAGGUACUUGGGAGGCCACCACCACUGGACGGAUCCAGAGGAGGGCCAGAACUUCCACAGGGCCACCGGCUAAGACUGCAACCAUCACUUCGACAGCACUGAAACUACUGCUUAAUCAGACUGUGACCACCACCCCGACUCACAGGGGCCAGUUUGUACUCUGUCGUUUUAAGCCAGUUUUCUGUAUUCAUUGCAUUUAUUGUAAUUUUGCUAUUAAGUUGUAACUACGACUUAAAAUCUCUCACAAGGUAUUUGUUUGGGGUUAAUUUCCCCUGCUGGUUUACUUUCAAACCAGCACGGCCUGGAACGUGGUAUUGGGAAUCCUGCAGGAACCAUAAAAACACCCCCACACUCCACCAAAAAGCAAAAUUCUGGGCAAAACCCACAUUGUGGCUUCUCCCGAGGAGAUCCCUUGAACACAGCACCAGAACCCCCCAGUUUCCAUGUCACAAUUCCAGCUAAACCAGGAGAUCCCAUAAAUGCAAUCUGCGAAGACCCUUGACACCAAUCUCCAAAAUUCUACCUAAACUUUGACAGUUGGACAGAAUGUUCCUCUAUCCUGAGGUAUUUUAUGAUCAUAUUUAAUGAAAUCCCACAGUUUUGUGGAGAUUGAACAGGACAAAGCCCAAUGAGGGCAUUGUCUCAAAAAAGGAGACUUGAGCUCUUGAUCCAAGAACCAAGGGAUGGUUCCUCAGAUGGGUUUACGGUGCUUUGGCAAGUCCAAGGUCUCCAUUCUGGAAAAAUGCUGGUCUCAGUUCUAGAAAAACACCCAGUUUUUGCCAUUUCAGUGAUGUUCUGGAUGAUCUUUAAGGUCUCCUUCCCACCUAAACAAUUCUUCGUCCCCUCUAUUCUAAUGGAGACAAGAUCAAGCCAAAAUUGUGCAACACCCAAGUAGAUUAAUUUUCCCUGGAAAUGCUCGUUUUCAUCCCUGAAAUAAUAUUUUGGAUGCCAGCUCGAGGUCUUCCCUGGGUUCAGAAGGAGCCCCAUGAUGGUUACUCAGAUUUCAGUGGGCUUUGUGCAAUACUGGAAAAAAAAACACAGAUGAUUGUUCCCUUCUGGGAAAUCUCUGCCUUUGGUGGAGCAGGGUGCGGUCACCGUACUGGGGUUAACGUGGCACAUCCCAAAACAUGCCGUGAACUGGUGGCUUUAUGCCGGUGAAUAAAGGGGAAAGAAACCCGGCAGAGGAACUGGCUCUGCUCAAUUGCUGGUUCCCCUUCUCAUGACAAAUCCCACUUCACUCCCUUCCGUGUUUUACUGAUUGGCAGAGGUUUUUCUGGAAGCACAAGCUUGCUUUUUUUUCUUCCCCUAAGCCAGGGUAUAAAAUGAAUUCCAAUCUCAGCAGAGGAUUCAUCUUCCUCCUGGCACGAUGACUGGGAUUGUCCUCUUCCAAAUCCUCCUGCUCGCGGGUGUCCUGAGCGCCAAGCAGUUUCCAUGCUUUCCCGAGUAUUGUCUCCAUGAUCAGGACUAUGAGGAGCUGCUGGAGAUUGUCCGGAAUGGGCUGGAGCCCGCAGCUCACCCGGCGCACGUGGUCGUGGUGGGUGCGGGGAUUGGCGGGCUGACGGCAGCCAAGCUACUCCAGGAGGCUGGGCACACGGUUACCAUACUGGAAACGAGCAGCCGGGUCGGGGGGCGGAUCCGGACGUACCGCCCUGAGGGACAGGACUGGUACGUGGAGCUGGGGCCCAUGCGCCUGCCAGGCAAGCACAGGAUCGUCCGUGAAUUCAUCCGCCAGUUCGACCUGAAGCUGAACCCCUUCAUCCAGAGGGACAACAACACCUGGUACUUCCUGAAGGGUGCUCGGGUCAGGGCAGAGGAGGUAAACAGGAACCCCGACAUCCUGAAUUACACAGUGAAGCCAUCGGAGAGGGGCAAGAGCGCUGUCCAACUCUACCGGGAGGUACUGAACAAGGCUUUUAAGACAUUCCAGACCACGGAUUGCAGGAAGUAUCUGGCUCAACACGACUCCUUCUCCACCAAGGAAUAUUUGAUCAAGGUGGGGGGGCUGAGCCGAGGAGCUGUUGAGAUGAUCGGUGACUUGCUGAAUGAGGACUCAGGGUUUUACCUGUCCUUCCUCGCCUCACUGUGGGACUUCGACAUCUUCGACAAAGAGAGCUUUGAUGAAAUCACCGGAGGGUUUGACCAACUGCCCAGAGCCUUCCACAAGGCGCUGCCCAAUAUCGUCCAGUUCAACUGCACCGUGGAGAAGAUCAUGACCAAGGGCAACAAAGUCCGAGUGUUCUACCGUGCUCCGGACACACUGGCCCCGACGAUCAUCACUGCGGAUUACGUCCUUGUCACCUCCAGCGCCAAAGCUACCAGGCACAUCCAGUUCCUGCCGCCACUGUCCCCUGCUAAGACCCACGCCCUGCGCUCCAUCCACUAUGCAAGCGCCUCCAAAAUUAUCCUGGCGUGCUCUGAGAAGUUCUGGGAGAAGGACGGGAUCCACGGAGGGUAUUCCAUCACCGACCGCCCCUCCCGCUUCAUCUACUACCCCAGCCACAACUUCUCCAGCGGGGUGGGCGUCAUCCUGGCUUCCUACACCUGGAACGAUGAUGCCGAGUUCUUCCUGCCCCUCACGGACGAGACGUGCCUGGAUGUGGUGCUCCAAGACCUGGCUGACAUCCACCAGGUGAGCAAGGAGUACCUGCAGUACACCUGCGACCAGUACGUGAUCCAGAAGUGGCAGCUGGACCAACACUCCCUGGGGGCUUUCGCUGCUUUCACCCCGUACCAGUUUGUGGACUACUCGCAGGCCCUGUUCGCUCACGAGGGCCGGGUCCACUUUGCCGGGGAACACACGGCCCAGCCCCACGCCUGGAUCGACACCGCCAUGAAAUCAGCCAUCAGGGCCGCCAGCAACAUCCACCACGACAGCGGCGAAUCCCCGGCGUCAGACAGGGAGUGGUUUGGGAGACUCAGACAGAGGGAAGAGCUCUGAGUGUGCCCCCAGCCAUUUUUUGGUAGUGCGAAUCUAGUUCUUUCCAAGAAAAAUCAGCAGAAUUCAUCGGCAGCGAAGGUGUUAAAGAACUGAGUGUCUUCAGGCAGGACCAACUGGUUAAACACGUCAUGGGGAGAGGAGGGAGCACUGAAAUAGUAAAUCAGAGUUAUAAACACUUAAUGGGGGUAGGAGGGAGCACUAAAACCAGGCAGUGGGUUCCAGGACUCUGCUUCCACUUGUCCACCACUGUAAUUCCCAGUUUAUUUGUGUGCGAGGCACUUCAUGGAAUGACUAAGGUGAAAUAAAGGUGGGAAUUUCUGGUUUC